AUGGCCGACCUCGUCGGCACAAUCGUCGGGGCGGUCUCGUUCGGGCUGCAGCUCGCGACGGCCCUCCAGACGUUCACGGAGCUCGCCAUCGAGGCCGACGACGCGCUGCGCGACAUCGUCUUCGAGGUCAACGCCACGGCCGCCGCCCUGCGUCAGCUGCAGACCAUUGUCGACGCGGACAAGGCCGUCCCCGAUGCCCAAAGCGCUUCUCGUAUUUUCAAUGAAAGCGGACUGCAUGAGGUCGAGACGCUAGCGGUUCGCUGCGAAAAGGUGUACGGGGUCAUCAUCCGGCUCGUGUUGAAAGCGAGCAGCAGCAGCUCCGAGAGCGACGGCGGCCGCGAUGGCCACCCGCUCGGCGCUCGGGCGGCACUGGACGCAUCGGCGCUGAAGCCGAUGAAUGUUGUGAGACGACUCCGUUGGCCAUGGCUGAUACCUCGCAUCAAUCGCUGCCAGGAGCAGUUGCGGUGGCUCAAGAUUAGCCUGCUGGUUCAGUUACAGAGCGAGAAGAAAGCGGCAUCCGCCGAGGAUGACGUCUGGACGCGGCAGGCCAUUGACAAACUCUGGGAGCGCCAGGCUCUGCUCCUUGAGAAGCGACGGACUUCCCAGGGCGGACGUCCAAGUGCUGACGGUGCCUGGGCCAGAGGAAGCCCAAGAGGUCCGGACGAGGUUGACACACUGCAGUCCACAUCGACGCCACCAAGAGCAAAGGCAGCCUUGACCACAGAUCAAGGGGCCAGCUUUCUCAACCAGCCUUUCCGCCCCAACCUGACAAACCCCUAUGCACAGAGCCCUUAUGCAAACACAGUAGUUUCCUCGGACCGAAGACAGGACACGACGGCCCGAGGGCAUGCUGCAAGCGAGCAUUCGCGUGACAACGAAAAAGCCGCAGCGACCGUCACGUCCCGGAGCCAUGACGAGCACAAGACAGGCCGCGGUGGAUUUGAAGCUGUCCACAACGUGGAACGAGACACAUCUCUUGAAGGCUCGGUUCAGACCAAAUGGCCACCUUUGAACGGAGACGCCGUUGCGUUGGAUGGCAAGCAGGCUUGGAGAGGGCCGGCGCUUGAUACGACAGCCUUCUCGUCAUCCCCGCCACAAGUACGUUCCCACCACAGCGGCCGCACAAAUCCGUUUGUGCAGUGCUUCUUGGGGCUACCUGGUGCUGAGUUGAAGGUGCCACUCCGAGGAAGAAAGGCUUUUGUGGGAGACUCGCCUAGCAAUGAUUUGCAGGCCUUCAUCGUCGAGCAUGGGGACAUCCGGCCCAUACCAUUCGGCCAUCAGAACCUCGAGUAUAAUCUCACGCGUACUAUCAAAUCGCAGAAGAUGAGCCCGUGGACGCAGUACCUGAAUGCCGACUCGGAGACGCAGGCCCUGCUCGCCAAGGUCACAGACUCCGCCAAGAGGACGACCAACCGAAGUGUCACUCUUGUCGCGUUCCACCGGCUUGAGAGGCGAGGCCGAUCAGACGCCUUGGUGGUCUUCUUCUCCGUCAAGGAUCCCCUACGGCCGAUUCAGCUAAUUGACGACAUCGGCCGCAAGUUUAUGGUUCCCUACUGGGCCAGUCAUACAUACGAGGAAUUCGCCCGUACCAUACUCGUCCUUAUGAGCGAUGACCAGCGACUUGAACGACCAGCGCGCAAAGGGGCGUUUGAGCUUCGAAACGAAGGCGGCGAGACGAUCCACCCGACUCUUUGGCCCGGAUGGAUACAGCCUGGCGCAAAGGUUUUCAUGGCCCGAAGUAAACAUACGCCCGAAUCUUCGGAGGACGUCCUCCCAGAGGACAAAGUGCCCGAGCGGACAAAGCCAGCCCGGCGGCCAGGCAUAAGCGGACAUGUAUACCGCGGUCCGCCAACUCACCCCGGUCCUCAGCCGCAAGAAGCAGAAGUCUAUCCUCUGGACUCUGCGGAGGUAGUUGAGAACAUUGAAAUGGGGAGCGUGCAACUCGACACAGCGAUUUCUCAUGCACGCCGCAGAAGAAAAGCCGUGUCAGGUCUUCUGGCAAGCUCUGUGGGCUCCCUCGGCGACUCUCUCGCAAGACUUCGGCGAAGGCGUGGUAGGACGAUGCAGGCCAGCCUUGGAAGCACACCGCAACCCGCCGAGGUCAUCGAUCCUGAGGUAAGGGUCGGUACAGUGGAGCAGCUCGACGCCGAAGCGGAGGACGACGAUGCAGAAGAUGAAGACGAUGCAGAGGAAGAAGACGAUGCAGAGGAUGAAGACGAUGCAGAGGAUGAAGACGAUGCAGAGGAACAAGACGAAGUUGCAAAUGGAGAUUCACGAGUGGAAAUGCCAGUCUCCUCGGACGACGACUUGGAGGACCUCGACCUGGACGAGUUUAGGGAGUCGGACGGGGUGGGAACUUGGUCAGUGGACGAAAUGCUUCAUCGUUGGACCAAUGCGCCGGGGAAAGAGGUACCCUCGUCGCGGUAG